UCGAUAGCCAGAUCAAUGACGUCAGACAUAUUACGUCAUAUUCUCAAUGGAUGCGCCCAUAGCAAAAAGUUAACACCGGCAAUCAAUAUGUUUCUAUUAGAAAAAACAGGCUUUAAGUUUAUAGUCUUUAUUUUUUACAUUCAAAACAUUUUAUGUCAAAAUGUGAACGAUGAAUACUUCUUGCAAGAAGGGAGCUUGGGUCACUGCGGACAGAACAUCGUGAAUAAAGCAAGUGUUAUUGUUCGAUCCCAUGUCGGUGCAGGUCUAUUUGGUGGUUUAAAUACCUACCAGGCUGAUCAACAAUGUGCUGUCACGUUUCAAGCGGAAAACGGGCAAAAGAUUCUCGUGCACUUCACAUUCUUUGAAAUGCAGCCCCCAGAGGACAACACGUGCAAAGACAAGAUUAUUAUCACAGAAAUGGGCACAGGGAGUUAUCAAGUCACGGAAUUCUGCAUUAAACAUGAUUAUGUCUCUGUGACAGAGAAAAUAGAAAUAAAGUUCAUAUCGGACGCAGUGCAAGUGAAAAAAGGAUUUGUGGCUACUGUCACAGGUUUUCGCGAGGGGACAUGCACAAAUACGGAAUUCAAGUGCGAUACAAAUAGAUGUAUAUCUAACGACCUGAAAUGCGAUGGUCUUCAACAGUGUAUAGAUGGAUCAGAUGAAAAAAAGGAGCUUGCUCAAUGCUCGUUUUUUGAAAAAGUCAUCGGAGAGGAGACGGCAUUGGGAAACCACACUGUCCUUGCGAUUUCUGUUGUUAUUUGCGGCGUGAUGCUAACCAUAUUUCUCACAGCUAUUUUCUGGAAGGAAAGGCAAUGCUGCAAGUUUUCUUCUGAUGAUCAUGAAGAUGAUGCCAUGGAUAUUCAACCGUCACCUCUCGUAGACGUACGGAAAGGUCGAGCGGCUCCCCCUGGUAAUGUCUCUAGAAAGCAGUCGUCAAAGUCGUCGGUGGAUAAGGUCGAAGAACGUAAUAAGGCGGCGAAAAACACGGAGAAAAGAAAAGCGCAAAACGAUGACGAGUGGUAGAACUACGGCGAUUGGAACUAUUCUGAAUAUACAUAAGACUAACAUUGUGUGUGUGGCAGUUUUAGUCACACACAUGACGAUAUCUAACCGAAUAAGGUGAACUUGGAAAGCUUUGGUUAAUCAUACAUCUGGUUCAUUUCUUACAAAACUUCUUCUUUUUGUAAAUUGUUAGAUAUACCAGGCAAAAUAAUAUGUGUAGAGCCAUGACUUUUACAUAAUAUGUUUUGUACAAUGUAUAUGUUGUUGCAAUGUAAGAAUAAACAUGUGUCGUUUUGUUAAUGUAACUGGAGAUAUGUCUUAAUGAUGUUAUACGUUAAAUACAUGUAACUUAAAUUA